AUGGAAGUUAUCGAUGCUUACAAUUCCCAUUCCAUAGAAAGGCGGGCGUUUUCCUCUCCUUACACAACAGAGAAUCAGAAACAUUUAGCAGAAUCAGACACAUUUAGUGUUUACUUACACAACAGAGAAUCAGACACAUUUAGUGAUUACUGUAACAGAGAAUCAGACACAUUUAGUGAUUACUGUAACAGAGAAUCAGACACAUCUAGUGAUUACUGUAACAGAGAAUCAGACACCUUUAGUGAUUACUGUAACAGAGAAUCAUACACAGAAUCAGACACAUUUAGUGUUUACUGUAACAGAGAAUCAGACACAUUUAGUGAUUACUUACACAACAGAGAAUCAGACACAUUUAGUGUUUACUGUAACAGAGAAUCAGACACAUUGAGUGAUUACCUACACAACAGAGAAUCAGACACAUUUAGUGUUUACUGUAACAGAGAAUCAGACACGUUUAGUGUUUAUUGUAACAGAGAAUCAGACACAUUUAGUGCUUACUGUAACAGAGAAUCAGACACCUUUAGUGAUUACUGUAACAGAAAAUCAUACACGUUUAGUGUUUAUUGUAACAGAGAAUCAGACACAUUUAGUGUUUACUGUAACAGAGAAUCAGACACAUUUAGUGUUUACUGUAACAGAGAAUCAGACACAUUUAGUGUUUACUGUAACAGAGAAUCAGACACAUUUAGUGAUUACUGUAACAGAGAAUCAGACACAUUUAGUGAUUACUUACACAACAGAGAAUCAAACACAUUUAGUGUUUACUGUAACAGAGAAUCAGACACAUUUAGUGAUUACUGUAAAAGAGAAUCAGACACAUUUAGUGUUUACUGUAACAGAGAAUCAGACACAUUUAGUGAUUACUGUACUUACACAACAGAGAAUCAGACACAUUUAGUGUUUACUUACACAACAGAGAAUCAGACGCAUUUAGUAGAAUCAGACACAUUUAGUGUUUAUUGUAACAGAGAAUCAGACACAUUUAGUGUUUACUGUAACAGAGAAUCAAACACAUUUAGUCAUUACUGUAACAGAGAAUCAGACACAUUUAGUGAUUACUUACACAACAGAGAAUCAGACACAUUUAGUGUUUACUGUAACAGAGAAUCAGAAACGUUUAGUGUUUAUUGUAACAGAGAAUUAGACACAUUUAGUGCUUACUGUAACAGAGAAUCAGACACCUUUAGUGAUUACUGUAACAGAGAAUCAUACACGUUUAGUGUUUAUUGUAACAGAGAAUCAGACACAUUUAGUGUUUACUGUAACAGAGAAUCAGACACAUUUAGUGUUUACUGUAACAGAGAAUCAGACACAUUUAGUGUUUACUGUAACAGAAAAUCAGACACAUUUAGUGAUUACUGUAACAGAGAAUCAGACACCUUUAGUGUUUACUGUAACAGAGAAUCAGACACAUUUAGUGAUUACUGUACUGGCACAACAGAGAAUCAGACACAUUUAGUGUUUACUUACACAACAGAGAAUCAGACACAUUUAGUGAUUACUGUAACAGGGAAUCAGACACAUUUAGUGAUUACUGUAAAAGAGAAUCAAACACAUUUAGUGUUUACUGUAACAGAGAAUCAGACACAUUUAGUGAUUACUGUACUUACACAACAGAGAAUCAGACACAUUUAG